GUGGAGGCCUAAAUUUUGAUCUAUGUCCUCCCUACAUCAGCUGCCUGAAACUACUAAAUGAUCACAUGACCCUGGACAUGGAUGCUGUCCUGUCGGAUUUUGUCCGUUCCACAGGAGCAGAGCCAGGGCUGGCCCGAGAUCUCUUGGAAGGAAAGAAUUGGGACGUAAGUGCAGCCCUAAGUGAUUUUGAACAGCUACGCCAGGUCCAUGCCGGGAACCUGCCCCCAGCCUUUAGCGAAGGGAGUGGUGGCCCCAGGACCCCUGAAAAGGGGUUUUCGGAUAGAGAGUCUGCUCGCCCUCCCCGACCCAUCCUCCAGCGGCAGGAUGACAUCGUUCAAGAAAAACGCCUGUCUAGGGGCAUCUCCCACGCCAGCUCCAGCAUUGUUUCCCUGGCCCGGUCCCAUGUCUCCUCCAAUGGUGGGGGUGGGGGGAGCAGUGAGCACCCCCUGGAAAUGCCCAUCUGUGCCUUCCAGCUUCCAGAUCUCACUGUGUACAAUGAAGACUUCCGCAGCUUCAUCGAGAGAGACCUCAUUGAACAGUCCAUGCUGGUUGCCUUGGAACAGGCAGGGCGUUUGAACUGGUGGGUGAGUGUAGAUCCCACCUGUCAGAGGCUGCUUCCUUUGGCAACUACUGGAGAUGGAAACUGCCUCCUACACGCGGCUUCUCUUGGGAUGUGGGGUUUUCACGAUCGGGACUUGGUGCUGCGGAAAUCUUUGUACGCACUCAUGGAGAAGGGAGCUGAGAAGGAAGCAUUGAAGCGCCGCUGGAGGUGGCAGCAAACACAGCAGAAUAAGGAGGUGAUGGAGCUGACUCCUAAGUCGGGGCUGGUCUACACAGAGGAUGAGUGGCAGAAGGAAUGGAAUGAGCUGAUCAAGCUUGCCUCAAGUGAACCACGCAUGCACCUCGGUACCAAUGGAGUCAACUGUGGUGGAGUGGAGAGCUCCGAGGAGCCUGUAUAUGAGAGCCUAGAAGAAUUCCACGUCUUUGUCCUUGCCCAUGUGCUGAGGAGACCCAUCGUUGUCGUGGCAGAUACCAUGCUGAGGGACUCUGGAGGGGAAGCAUUUGCCCCCAUCCCAUUUGGGGGGAUCUAUCUGCCUUUGGAGGUCCCAACCAGCCAGUGUCACCGCUCCCCUCUGGUGCUCGCCUACGAUCAAGCCCACUUUUCGGCACUUGUGUCCAUGGAGCAGAAGGAGAAUGGCAAGGAACAAGCUGUGAUCCCACUAAUAGACUCAGAACAUAAGCUGCUGCCUUUGCACUUUGCUGUGGAUCCUGGAAAGAGCUGGGAGUGGGGCAAAGAUGAUAAUGACAAUGUCCGACUGGCCAGUGUUAUUCUGUCCCUGGAGGUCAAAUUGCACCUGCUGCAUAGCUACAUGAACGUGAAGUGGAUUCCGGUGUCCUCUGAUGCACAGGCUCCCCUGGCCCAGCCUGAGUCCCCCACAGCGUCUGCUGGAGAUGAGCCCCGGUCUACUCCCGAGUCUGGGGAGUCAGACAAGGAGUCUGUUGGCAGCAGUUCCACCAGCAAUGAGGGCAGCAAACGGAAAGACAAGUCAAAGCGAGACCGGGAGAAGGACAAGAAGAGAGCAGAUUCUGUGGCUAACAAAUUGGGCAGCUUCGGCAAAACCUUGGGCAGCAAACUCAAGAAGAACAUGGGUGGCUUGAUGCACAGCAAGGGUUCUAAGCCUGGAGGAAUGGGCCUGGGGGCAGGGGCAAGCAGUGGCAAUGAGACUCUGGAGAAGAAGAAGAAGAACUCCCUCAAGAGCUGGAAGGGUGGCAAGGAGGAGGCAGCUGGGGAUGGGCCCACAUCAGAGAAGCCCACAGCUGAGUCUGUUGGCAAUGGAGGGAGCAAGUAUAGCCAGGAGGUGAUGCAGAGCCUGAGCAUCAUGAGGAUUGCCAUGCAAGGGGAGGGGAAGUUUAUUUUUGUUGGAACCUUGAAGAUGGGUCACCGGCACCAAUAUCAGGAGGAGAUGAUCCAGCGCUACCUUGUUGAUGCUGAGGAAAGAUUCCUGGCAGAGCAAAAACAGAAGGAGGCAGAGAGGAAGAUCCUGAAUGGAGGGGUAGGGAGUGGGCCUCCUCCAGCCAAAAAGCCAGAGCCUGAUGGUGGGGCUGAGCUGCUAGCUGCUCCCCAAGCUGAGUCCAAGGCAGUGGCCUUCUCUGCUGGCUACCCUGGGGGCUUCACUAUCCCCCGACCUUCAGGGGGUGGAGUCCACUGCCAGGAACCCCGAAGGCAGUUGGCAGGGGGUCCCUGUAUGGGAGGUCUACCACCAUAUGCUACCUUCCCCAGACAGUGUCCUUCUGGGCGAGUCUACUCCCAUCAGGACAACAGCCCUGCCCUGGAGUCAGGCAGUCACCCCAAGGAUGGCAUUCAUAGAGGUCCAUUGCUACCACCCCCCUUCCGUGUGGCAGAUUCCUAUAGCAACAGCUACAGAGAGCCCCCUGAACCAGAUGGAUGGGCUGGAGGGCCUCGGGGGCUGCCCCCCACCCAGACCAAAUGCAAACAACCGAACUGCAGCUUCUAUGGACAUCCUGAGACAAACAACUUCUGCUCCUACUGUUACCGGGAGGAACUGAGGCGGCUGGAGCGGGAUCCUGGUGGGGAGCUACUAGUGCACAGGUUCUGAGCUGGGGCACCUAAGAGGGCAAGGGGCUAAACAAAGAAAGUUAAGCUCAACUGAUUGGCUCUUCAAGACCCAGCCCCAUGCAGAUGGGGCAAAUGCAGUGAGUUUGUGAGAGCCUGGCGAGGAAAUUUUCUAAGUGUGCGCGCUGGAGAGCUGCCAGGCUGACUGGAGCAGGUCAGGGCUGAAUCAGUCCUUUGCAGAUCUGACUUGAUUGGAAUGAGGAGGUGUGAGGGAGAAAAGUGGCAAUCCUGUCCUCAUGACCCAUGGGGCCCACCCUGGGGUCUGAGGAAGGUUGUAGGGCAAAGUUUGGUGGGGUGGGGAGGUGGGCAGAAAUCUGGGAGAACAGGCAAAGGAGGUUCUUAGUCAAUAAAUGAAAGACCAAAGCUCCUUUAGGAUGGGGGGUGGGUGGGGGGGGAGGCACAGAGUGGUGGAGUUGAGAGUGUGCUGGGAAACUGAGAAAUUGAACAGAUUUACUGUUGAUGUGAAUUAAUUAGAAAUUAGGAUUGGACAAACUCUUCCUCCUGAAGCCUCUGGACAAGCAGACUACUUGGUGCUUAGUAGGAGGGGCCUGAUUUAGAAGGGUGGAACUUAAGGGGAAUCCUUUCCCUCUUGAAUUUUACUUCCUUCCAAGCAGCCAUCUGGCAUUUGCUUUGGCUUGAAAGGAGGUUGUUGAUUGCUCCCUCUCUUUUCUUCAUCUUUCCUGAGGACCGACCUCACCUAAAUCAAGAGAGUCAUGAUUUUUUUUUUAACAAAGACUUUAAUUUUAUUUUUUUUUAAAAGUCUCCCUCUGGGAAGGAGAAGAGAACGAAGAGAAAAGCAGCAUGUUGACCUUUGUCCAGAUGGACUGGUGCAGAGGUGGUCUUUACUUUUAACUACUUAGCAAUAACCACACCUUGGGAACUGAGCUCAUCUUGAAAGGGCUGGGAGGAGGGCAGACCAUUCAUUGGCUAGACUGUUCUCAAAACCAAAAACCCAACUAGAGCACCACCUUCCUCUGCUGCUGCAACUUAGUUUCUGACUUUUUUUUUUUUUUUUAGGAAAAACACAAAAGACCCCAGCAAGCAAAAACAUUUUUUGUUAAGCCACAGCUGUCCUUAAUCUGUGGUUAGUUUAUUAAAAUAAUAACAAAUAAUAAAACUUUGUAAGAAGAGAUAUUUUUGAUAAUAGGACUGAUGUUGAAACAUGGGCUAGGGACUAGGGGACAAUUUUUAAAAAAGAGAAAUCUAUUUUAGUGAACUAUAACCACAGAUCACAGAUGACUCCCAACAAGUUGGUCUGCCUUUGGCUCACCCCUUACCCCUGACUAGACUCUUCUCCAGGGGUGGGGGUGGGCCUGUGGACACAGCAGGGGGAGCUCCUUUGCAUUUUGCACAAAGCACAAGUCUGGACAGCCUCUGCUCUGUCCAACACCUUUUCUAAAAGCUUUAAACCAGAUGACCUAUUCUGGACCAAUUUUCCUUUAUUUUUUUAUUUUUCUCCAGGGGAAAAAAACUAUGCAAUUGUAUACACUCCUAGGUUCGUGUGAAGAAGGGGAAGGGAAAUAAGUAUACUUAAGUGUCUGGAGUGUUAACUGGGGCUAUUUUUCUGUGUUUGGAGCUAUAUACUCAUCUUCCACCCCACUGUAUGUAAUCCCCACAUUUGAUGGGAGGCAGACAUAGGCCAGCUGGGUGGAUGUGUGUUUGCUUCUGUUGCUUCUGCCCAAUCAGGAAAGUUGUCAUCCUAUUUCCCCUUGGGAGCCAAGCCAACCAAGACUGUCCUUUUCAUUGGAACAGCUCAGUUCAGAAAGAUUCUCCUCAACAAACAGGAAAGUCACUUGCUUUCCACAUCUGAUUUAAUAAUUUGAUUUAAUAAUUUCCUAUGACUAUUAACUCUUCGGCUGUUGUUUGAAAAGGGACAUAUUCAGGAAGCAGGAAAGUCAUAGGAAGAGCUGUCUAGUUUCUGGGCAUAGCUGGCACUAGGCUGAGACAAGCACUCCCCCAUGGGUAUAGAUUUAAGAGGGUACUAAAACUUGAUAAUCAAGAUCAAUGCUGUUCUAAUGCAGUAUUAAAAAAAAAAAAAAAAACCCUUGAUGCACAAGAUUAUUUUUAACCAGAUCACUGCUCAUCUCUAGCUUAUGGUGGUGCUGAGUUGAACCUGGGACUUCUGGUGCUUUAGACAUGACAGUUUGUUGUGUGUAACACUGUGAUACAUUUUAGUUAUCUCUGGAGCUUCACUACUCCAGGCUGACUUUUUCAAAUAGAGACAGAGACAGAAGGGCAAAGACAUUACAGCAUCAAAGCAUUCUCCAUUGUGACAAGGGCUGGGCUCCAAUCUGAGCCACACAUGGCAAAGCAGAUGCGCUAUCUUGAUGAGCCAUUUUACCAGCCCCAAAAUAUCAAAAUCUUCAAGAGAGGAUCCAGCAGGACUGGAGUUAGGGUGGGGGGAGGCUGAAUUAAGUGAACAAAUACUAAGUUGAAUUCUGUAUUUAGCAUGUUGCUAUUAUGUUCAUCGUGAAUUGUUUAAAGGAAUGAUUUAUUAAUGAGAAAACUAGAGCAUCACUCUGGCAGCUUUGAUGUUGAGGAUCCAGCUCAGAAGCCCAUGCUUUCAAGUCCAACACUAUCCACCUUGCCACCUCCCCAGGCUGCUAUUAGGAAUUUUUUGCCUUAGCUUGGAUCUUCAAAAAACGUGUUUCAAUAGUAUCUUGCCUACUGAGUUUAUUGGCACCCCCAACAUUUUUUGCCCAAAUUGAGUGCCUUGCUCACUUCACUGUUUCUGGGUUAGAACCUCCACCUCCAAACCAACACCCAAACAGCAGGUGGCUCAGAUACACACCUUGCAUUUGCACACCUCACCUUUUAGCAUCUGUAUCUUAGGGUUCUGGCCUGGACCAAUAGGAACAGAAACAGACCAGGGUUUUUCCCAGAGAAUAAAACCAGGAAAGUUUUGAUUCUUCACUGGACUGCUGUGUUUAGAUUUGAUCUGUUACUAGAUUCUAGUUGAUACUUUUGCUUUUAAAAACAGGACGAAUGAACAAAAACAAAUCUUGUGUCGUUUGUUUUGCUUUGAUUUUUAUAAAUUAAUCCUAAUGUUGGUUGACCUCUUCAAAUAAAAGUUUUUAGGGGGUAACCUAAGGCUGAA